AUGGAGCGUUUGGCUGUUGUAUGCAUGCUCACAUGUCUGAGGAAAGAAGCUGAAUGCUGGUUAGAGAGAGCACUGUCGCUUACGCAGUGCCGAUCCUGUUGUCCAAGUCGUCACCGCUUUCUCUUGUAUGAACCGUCAUAUCUAGAUGCCCGAGACUUCGCAGAAGUUUUUAGCCGGCUACGGAAGCAGCCCUGCCUUCCCUCUGUGACGCCAGCUCACUCCUGCAGCUUCCAGCACUCCUGCAGCAUCCACCUCACUCCUGCAGCUUCCAGCUCACUCCUGCAGCUUCCAGCACUCCUGCAACUUCCAGCACUCCUGCAGCUUCCAGCUCUCUCCUGCAGCUUCCAGCACUCCUGCAGUAUCCAGCUCACUCCUGCAGCUUCCAGCACUCCUGCAGCAUCCAGCUCAUCCCAACAGCUCCCAGCGGCCUCCAGCUCACCCCUGCGGCGCUCUACUGACGUCCCGCUACCUAUUCCAGCACCCGCUGACGACCUAAUCCAGUGCCCACUGACGUCCAGCGCCCGUUAUCGUCCGGACACCGUUCCCGAACAAACGACCUCUGUCUUCUUACCAUCCACCGUUCGCUAA